AGAUGAAGAUGGCAAUGUCUGUGAUCCAAGCGUGCCGCAGCCUGGCUCUCUCAACAUGGCUGCUGUCCUUUUGUUUCGUGCAUCUGCUGUGCCUGGACUUCACCGUGGCCGAGAAGGAGGAGUGGUACACGGCCUUCGUCAACAUCACCUACGCCGACCCGGCGGGCGGCGGCGCCGAGCUCCGCAGCGAGAAGAGCGAGUGCGGGCGCUACGGCGACCAGUCGCCCAAGCAGGACGCCCGCGGGCAGGUGGCCCUCUCCGCCUCGCCCGCCGACCGCUACGCCUGCGACCCCGGCACCCGCUUCAACGCCCCGGCGCCGGGCAAGAGCUGGGUGGCCCUCAUCCCGCGGGGCAACUGCACCUACAAGGACAAGAUCCGCCACGCCGCCGCUCAGAACGCCUCCGCCGUCGUCAUUUACAACGUGGGCUCCAGCAACGCCAACGAGACCGUCACCAUGCCCUACGCAGGCCUAGAUGAUGUUGUAGCAAUAAUGAUUCCUGAACCCAAAGGAAAAGAGAUAGUGAGCCUCCUGGAGAGGAACAUCACUGUGAUGAUGUAUAUAACAAUUGGGACGCGCAACCUGCAGAAGUACGUCAGCCGGACCUCCGUGGUGUUUGUCUCCAUCUCCUUCAUUGUGCUGAUGAUCAUCUCUCUGGCAUGGCUGGUCUUCUAUUACAUCCAGCGAUUCCGCUACGCAAAUGCCAGGGACAGGAAUCAGCGCCGGCUUGGAGAUGCUGCAAAGAAAGCAAUCAGCAAGCUGCAAGUCAGAACAAUCAGGAAAGGUGAUAAGGAAACUGAGCCAGACUUUGAUAACUGUGCUGUUUGUAUUGAAGGCUACAAACCCAAUGAUGUUGUCAGAAUUUUACCUUGCAGGCAUCUUUUUCACAAGUCCUGUGUAGACCCUUGGCUGCUAGACCAUCGUACCUGCCCUAUGUGUAAAAUGAAUAUUUUAAAAGCUCUAGGGAUCCCGCCCAACGCAGACUGUAUGGACGAUAUACCUCCAGACCUGGAAGCCUCCAUAGGAGGACCGCCAACCAACCAGAUAACAGGAGCCAGCGAUAUAACAGUGAACGAGAGCUCUGUAGCCCUGGAUCCCCCGGUGCGGACUGUGGGAGUACUACAAGUAAUCCAAGACGUAGACUCCUUUCCCCAGGCUGGGGAGGGUAACUUCACAACAAGCAAUGAACAGGAGCCAGCAGUCAGCAGCGAUUCAGAUAUUUCAUUGAUUAUGGCAAUGGAGGUUGGACUGUCCGAUGUGGAGCUUUCCACUGACCAAGACUGCGAAGAGGUGAAGUCUUGAAAAACAAACAGAUCUCCGAGACUAAACUACAGGGGAGGGCCACAGGGAGGGACCGAGUCAACCUGCUAGGAUUUGGACCAGUCACGCACUUGCCUCCAGAGCACUGUCACUCCUGCACACUCCAUUCUGAGAUGGUCACGAAAAGCAAUAGCAACAGUUGUGUCUGCCUGGAUGCAGUUUCAUCAUCUACAUACAUUCGUAAUGUUCACAUGGGAGAUGAAUGCUUCCAGUUUGCCCACGUGCUUGUGAGCAGCCAUGUAACUCUUCAGUGGCUCAUAAAUACGCAACUGAAAUGACAGCUUGAGUGUUUUCUACACUUGUUCGAUCGCGUUUUUGUUUCUUUUUUUUUUUUAAGAGGUAUGUUUGUUAUGUAUGUUUGUAUGUUUAUAGUUUGUUAUGAGUAGACAUUCUUUUUGUUGACUGACCCCCAGCUUUUUCAAGAGUUCAAUCCAGAAACCUGAAUUCCCCAUUCACUGGUCACAUAACGAUCCCACUCCAGGAUCUAUCAUUGCCUGCUAUUUCUUCAUGAAGUACAUGUGGCUUCAGAGGGAUGGUGCACCAGCAUCCUGUGUAAAUGUGAAACCUGUUUGCAUUAAGUGGAGCCUGGGAAAUGUUGUAACCUGAAGGUCUUUAUUUGUAAGAGAGCUCUGAAUUAACAAAGAUUGCUGAGAUUUGGUUUAAAACAGCAUAAUUUUGGCUUCUACAUACAGCUCUCUUUGAGACAAGUAUGAUACAGAGUUGAGGGAGAGAAAGAAGUGCAUCAAGCUUCACCCCGCCUUUGUAGUCCUUUGCAGCAUUUUAUGCUAUCACUACAGUAUGUCGGUAUGUACUACAUGUUAGUACGUACUUACUUGCUUAUAUAUAUACCAAACCAUUCUGGGUAGAGAGGAGGGAAUCUGAAAAUUAACAGAAGUAACACAGAUCAAAGCAUCUAAAUAAGAAUGAUUUGUGAUUACAUUUAAUCCAUCCUGAACUGCGCUUCCAGGGAAAGGCUUAUGAUUACUUAUUCAACCUGAGAUUUCAUUUUUCAGUCAAAAUAUUCAACUGUGAAAAAGCAUUCUUUGCUUCCUGUUUUACAAGAGUAAAGGGUUUCUGUUGACAGUCAGAUGAUUUGAAUCACAUUACUGCCUCCUGAGUAAGUCAGCAGAAUCAACGAUUCAUCUUACAAUGAAAUUUCAUGGAGAGGUCAAGCAUCUUCUCCUGUAUCACAGCAGCAUCUCAAAACACAACCGUUUGGGUUUCUUGCUAUAUUUAUGCUUCCUUUUGGAUUUGCUUAGCUGGGGAAAACAGCUCCCACCCAAAAUUCAGCUUGUCAGAUUUUAUUCAGGAACAAAUGUGUUUAGAACUGUACCUAAAAUUCUGGACAGCUUGCUUUUUUAUUGUGGGAAGAAGGAAGAUUUAUACUCCAUGCUUUGGGUUCAGUUAGAACUCAGUUUGUUUUAUAGCUUUUUUUAAAAAUGUUCUUAGUCCCUAAAUUGUAGGGUAUGUUUGAGGCUUGAAAACCAUGAUCCAAGUAUGUGCCGUGACGUUUUUAUAAGCCAUUCAUAUAAACAUCUCUCCUUAAUUAAAGAGAUGCAAGCAGUUUGAAAUCUGUUUGAUUUGAAAAGGUUAGAGAUUGUCAGGGAGGAUGCAGCUCAGUCAGUCUUGCCAAUAUUUGUGAUUCUGUUACUAUAUUUUUUUGUAUUCUUUAAUGUUUUCUCUAUUACCUGCCACUAUGGGUAAGGCCCCCACUGUUAGGGGAACUGAUGCUUAAAUUUACCCCUUCACAACAGAGUUUGCACCAAGUACCAUGUCAGCUCCACUUAAGCUCUGAAUAUAGUGCUGAAAUGAGAUGAAAGUGGUGCUUACACCUCCUAUUGGCUCUUUACAUAGUUGUGAAACAUCACCGAUGACUGUAAGGGAAAGAGAGAAGCUGGUUAUACACAGGUCUUGCAGUGGAAAGUACAGAUGCUGGUACAUUAUCUUCUCUAGCGCUGGAGCCUGGGUGCUACAUGUAGGACUACAUUUAGGACUAGAGGGAAUGGCUUCAAGCUGCGCCAGGGAAGAUUCAGGCUGGACGUUAGGAAAUACUACUUCUCUGAAAGGGUAGUCAGGCACUGGAGUAGGCUGCCCAAAGAGGUGGUGGAGUUCAAAGACCGAGCCUGGUGGUGUUCAAAGAGCAUUUGCAUGUUGUGUUGAGGGACGUGGUUUAGCGAGAACCAUUGGUGAUGGGCGAACGAAUGGUUGGACUGGAUGAUCCUGUGGGUCUUUUCCAACCUUAGCGAUUCUAUCAUACUAUGAUUCUGUGUCACAGAGCGUCAUGAACAGGAUGUAUGAGUUGUCAGUGAUCCUUUCACAGCCUCCUGCUGCAGCCCAGCACACAGACAAAGCCGUUGACUGAAUCGCUGGAGUUUUGGAGGACCUGCCACAAAAUCUUCAUUUUGUUUUGCCAGAGGAAUUAAGUUAAUGGACAAACUGACUGAUCAUCUGUUGCUAUAAAGGAGUCCCCCACAGUACAGCACCGCAAAUGAGGUCUAUGUUUGCACCAGAGGCUGUAAAAAAGGUGAGGCAGGAGAUGAAACUUCACCUAAUGGUGAAGGGGGUCGUUUGCCUGGCAAAAUCAUUAAAGGGAGCUAUGCUGAAUGCAGCAGCACACAGCAACUGAGCAAUAAUGCUUCUCCUGAGUAUCCCAUCCUAGAUCCAGUCCCUUGGCGUCCACGGCUGGCCACCCUCGUGGGCAGGGUGCUUGGCUGGGUGGGAUGUUUUCACAUCUCACCGUAUUCUGGUAUUUCUAAAGAGUGGUCCUAGCAAAUCUGGGCCAGGAGCAUUUUGGCUUUUGUUUUCCAAAUUCUACCUGCAGUUCUGCUCGGGAAAGAUGUUUCUCCAUCUCUCUCCUUGGGCGUUGCGUAGCUCUGAGUGCUGUGAAGUGAUCGCAAGUGCAAAGCCAGGUCACACCUCACUGAAGGCAGAACUGAGGAAAGCACUUACGUAAAUGUUCUAAUCCAUCCCUGUUCAGAAAAGCAAUUAUGGUUAAUUUGGGGCUCAUACAGAAAUUACAUUAUUUUCAACAGGUCUUCUAUGAACGUAUUUAAGCCCCUGUGUCAAAUGGAAAUGUUUUCCUAAUGAAGGACCUGGCUGCCAGUGUUUUUUGUACAUAUGACCUGUGAAUGCCUUGGGAAUUCGAGGUGCUUCAUAAAUAUUAAGACCCCAAAGGUUGGUUUGUAGCAGACGAAAGCCUUAAUUCUGCAGAUCUGCGUGCCUGUGCACAGUUUUGCCUAUGUGAAUCUCUCCACUGUGAUUCUUCAUAGGGUAAAACUAAACCUCCUCACUGGCACAUCUGGGCAAAAUCAGUCCCUUCCUGAGAGCAUUUGGCAAUUCCUCAGUACUGCUGCCAGCCCAGGGCUCUGGCAUUAAGCAGGUGGGAUUCAGUUGCUGGGAGCACAGCACUACCUGUUCACAACAGAGAGCAACCUUUGGCCAGCAGCGAUGGAAAAACAAAAUCCUCGGGUGCCCUCUGACAAAGAGUGCUCAAGAAUGCAGUUCUGCACACUUGCCGCAGUAUGGCUUUACUUCUGCAGCCACUGCCUGCUGCCAGGACAGCACAGACGGGGCAGGGGUUACCUCCUCCACAGGGCUGGUGGCUGGAGGACAGCACAGCUCUCUGAGUAGUGUUCCCAUCGCUCUUCCUGCUCCUGUCACCUGAGGCUCUUUCCUAUUAUUUCCCUUUAGCGAGUACUAUGUGGAAGAACACUUGCCAGCUUGUCUUCAUUCCAGCUGCGUUGCAGAAUAAACCUUUGGGCAAGCAGAGCCUGUGCUCUGCGUUCCCUUUGGUUUUCAUGAGUUUCACUAGGCUGCAUUCCCAAAGGUCUGUUUGAUAGGUAGGAGACAUAAAAAACUCCAUGAGUUCUGUGCUCACAGCCAACCUAAUGUGCGUGCAGGCGUGCCAGGCACCAGCUCUGAGUCCUUUCCUCAGCUCACCCACUCUGAUGGAGACCCUUGCUGUGGGUUUGGGGGGUUGUUUCUUUUCCCUGACAGCCUCAGAGCCUGGGAAACAGGAUUGGGACGGUUGUAGCGCUACAGUUUGUUCUUUAAGCAUUCUACAGAAUUACGUUUCCACAUAUGCAUAUGUAAGUACAUUGAUAUGUCUAUGGAAACUGUAGUGAAAACAAGCUGCUGCCAUUUUUAGAGUGUUUCCAUAUGUGAGAGAACAUGGCAAUAAAGAAAAAGGCUUUAUAGAAGCAAUUUGAAAUAAAAACACUGAAAUGGCAUACAAGAGGUCCCCGGGAUCUCGCUACUUUACUUCAGUGAAAUCUGGGUCAGAUCCAGAUGAUGUUGUUGCAAGAAGGUCAGUACUUUGUCUGCUGUUGAACAACCAGUUUGUGGUAUGUUCCUAUUUUGUGAACAAAAUGAAUCCAAGCGCUGGAGGCAGAUCUAGCUCAGAAUUCAGCAUUUCACAGGGAAUGUGCAUUUUGUGAUCCAGCGGCUUUGUUCGUCACACCUGGUAAUCCAGCCUCUCCUCCUCCUUGCUAACUAAAGAGGUGCUCAUCUAACAUGAAAAAUGUUGAGCUCAGAAGAUAUUUGCACCUGGAUGGGUUGCCCUGGCAGAUAUCUAUCUGCAGAUCCCUUAACACGUCCAUGUCCUUUUAGUCAUUAGUAUACAGUUGCAGGUUCUUCAUAAAAUGUAUUUUAGUUCCCCGUCUGGUUUAACAGGCAGUGCAGUUGUCGUAUAGGUUUUCCAGUCUUUUGACUUGCAAACUUUUUCCUUGGAAUGUACACUACAGCCCUAAGAGGGGGUUCAAUGAUGAACAGGCAAAGGUCAAAGCACGAGACUUUAUGGACAACCUGCAAGUCCUCGUUGUGGCAAUUGGUGUGCACUGAAUGAUGAGACAGGUUGUGUUUGGCAGCGGGAGAUGCAUUUCAGCCCAGGCAGUUGGGAGUCUCCCAGGUUGUGUUUAUAAGAGCCUCAUUCCUGCCUGCUCUCUGUCCAUAGAAAAGCUCACGACUAAGCAUAUAGUCUGAAAUAAGCCAGGAGUAUGAGUUCACAGGCCGUGCAAACCUUGAAAACCAGUAGUCGUUUAUUACCUUCUAUUUCAUUAGCAAUAAUGGAGACUUAUUAACCAUUUGUAGUUCUCGUUAGAGCCUUGUUGUAGGAUGAAAGUUUCUGGUCUGCUAGAAAUACGGGCCAGGGCAAGCUGGCUGUCUAAACUGAAGGCAGGAUUUGGUUUGCUGUUCUGCUGCAUCCAUUUUGCAGGACUGAAACAGUAGAGAAAUCCAUCCCAUCACAAAGGAUCGCUCCAGCACGAGGGAAGGGAAUUGGUGGGAUAAAGCCAACGCCAUUCAGCUUUGUCUCUGGCAAUUUGUGCUGCCCGUGUCUCUCGUAAGGGGAGCGUUGUUUCAGCGGACUUGUUAAUAGGGACGACUGAUCCAACAGAAGCACUUCUUGAAUUCUCACAAGCUGUUACCUGGACGAAUGGAGAGUUGUGCGGCUGAAAGAGGAGCGCCAGAUGGGCUCUGCGCUCGGGAUGCGUCGGUAGCAGAUGGCAGCUGCGGGCUGGGAGGCGGCGAGCGAGGGCGAAGGCUGCCCUCUGCUGUGCGGCAUCACCGCGGCUCAGAGCCGCUCGGCUCGCUUUCUCCUCCCUGGUUCUUCUUUGCCGUGGGAAAAAAAAAAAAAAAAAAAAAGGCUUUCUCAGCACGAGCUGUAUUUCAAGGAGAGAAACAGGGGAGGAAAGAUGGAGUAAAUGUGUUGAGGGAAAAGCCAUUGGAUGGGUUUUCCAUCUGAAAUUAAUCUUGCCUCUCUCGACUGUUUUAAUUGUGAACCGGUGGAAGCUGUUGCUUUCUGGAGCGAAAGCCAAAAAAAGAAGAGGAAGAAGAAGAGGAAGAAGAAGAGGAAUAUAAGGAAGAAACAGCAUUUUCCUUUUUAGUUUGUUUCCCAAUUCUUCAGCCCUGUGUAGUGUUAAAAACAACAGCGAGAUCAAGAUGCUUGGUUGCUCCAAAUGUACACAGCUACGCCAGAUCGAAACGUUUUGUAUGUGUCCAUAAUGCCGUCCUUCCUUCUUGCUCCAUGUUAGGAAGCUGAAAUUACUGUGCCGUUUUGUAAUUAGAAAUGUAAAGAGGGGACAGCGGGUGGGAGGGUCUGUUAUUUUUAUAGCAAGAUGUUCCUUGCAUUUAGUGAACACUUCAAAUGGUUUUGUACUUGUCAACGUACACAUUCCAUCCGUUUCCAGGAGAGAAUUAUUUUUAUUUAGGGUAGUUUAUAAGCAAACCAAAUCAAAACGUGGUGUCCUAUUUGGAUGCAGUUCAUGAACAGAGCAGAAGCGUUCUGGUUUCGAGUGAUGGCCCCAGUGUGUUUUCCAGCAACAUCUCCUCUCGCGUGCUGCAGAGCCACACCAGCAAAUGCCAAUGUUAAAAGGGGAGGGGAAAAAAAGAUGAAUAAAUACCAUAUGCAUCAGUGCACAGCUUGCCAAAGGAAUUUCCAAUUGGGAAACAACUUUCUGGAUCAGUGAAGUUCCCAGAGGUGGUCGGACCUGCAGUGGGCACCGGGAGAGGGUGUGCUCCAGCCCUGCCUCUCCCUGCCCCAGCUGACAGCCUGAGAAACCUGGGGGACGGGGCGAGGGCGUCACACACUGCAUCUCAUCAUCUGUGGGGCCGUCAGGAUCGGGACGUGGUUUUGGCCGAAGCUGUUUUGCUGGUACUGGCGUUGCAUUGGUUUUGGCCGUGGGCGUGAGCCUUCAGCUCCACGUUAGUAGUUCCUUCCUUCAAGUGGCUGCACUUGGGUUGGGAAGCACCUAGUGAAAGGCCAUGGCAGAAUCACACUGUGGCAUUUGCACAGGCAGCUCUUUUUCUUACCAUCAGCUUUUCCUUUUUGUCCUCCUACCCGUGAACGUGCUGCCAAAACAGCAGUAGCAUGUUUGUGAAGCGAGCCUUUUGUCUAGGUUUACUUUCUGUACCGCACUGCAAACACAGCUUAACUCUUUGCUGACAUUUAAUGACGUGUCCACCUUUCCUUCCAAUGCACUUUAUCUCUCUUGAAAAAAAUGUGGGAGUCGGAAGCACCAUCCUAAAGGGAUUUGCCUGCAAUCGUGAGGCACACGCUUCUUUUUUCUCUUCAUCUUGCUUUGUUAUAUACUGUAAAUGCUAAAGAGCAUGGACAGUGACUCAGCUGGGGGGAGUACUGAAACAAUAAGGCUAACAUUUGGAAGCGUUAUUCAGUAGUACAACACGGCUAUUUUUGUUAUAUAGAAGAUUAUAAUGUAAAUAUGUGAGACUGUGUUAUUAUGUACUAGUAAAAUAUUGCAACUAUCAAAGUUAAGAUUGUGAAUUUCGAGGAAUUUUAUGGCAAGUUUUUUAAUAAAAUGAAUCCGAUGACCGUG